AUGUCUCAAUUGUCUCGUACUUGGAGUGCCUAUUUCGAAGAAACACGUCCCGAAGAUUAUCGUUUUCUGGACUUUUAUGAGUAUCGAUUACAACAAUCCGACUUCACCUUUUCUUUUCGUAAAGAAUCUGACAAGCUGAAAAAGGAUCUCAGUAUUUUGAUAACAAAUGGUCCGGACAAAAUGAAGGAGGGUGCUAGUAUACUUAACGGAAGAUUUAAGAAAAAGGAAAACCCUCACAACUACGGUGGACACCUGCUUGCUGUCUACUUUAUGGGGCAUAGGGAAUAUUUUAGUGACGUUGACGCGUUUUGGAAGGAAAUUGAAUUACACGAGGAAUUGUAUGAACUUGAGGAAGAAGCUUCUAAAUCAAUAAUGUAUGGCACCAAAAAAGUUGUCGAUACUGCCAUCGAAAAUGUUUGUUCUACCAUUGCGAACGUCAAUACUAGACUGACGAACCCAAGAAAACGUGUAAAUAACGUCACAGUCCCCGAAGGCAUCAAAAAAGUCGAGAGUGAAGCUGACAUAAAACAAAAUGUUAAUAUGAACGAGAAAGAUCGAGAAGAUGGACACCAACCUCAAAAUGGAAGAGACUCGGAGAAUGGUUUGGCCAGGGAAGCAUCGGAAUCAAUGGUUGGGAGAAUAGAAAGGAGUCAAAGGACCCCAUUGAUAGUGGACGACAUUGAUCUGGAGGAAAUUUUUAAAGAUUACUGUGAUUAA